AAGGCAGCCUUUUACCUCAGCGGACUGCUUAGAUUUUGCAGAGGAAACAGUCAGAAUGAAGUACCUUAUUCUCCUUACUUUUGCUUUAGUUUUCUUUUGCAUUACUCUGACCAAUGCUAUAUCAUCCUACCAACAAGUAUUACAGCACAGCAGGAUCAGGGGCAGGCAGCAUGGCCCCAAUGUAUGUGCUAUGCAGCAAGUAGUAGGAUCCUCCAAGAAAUACUUCUCCAACUGCAAACAGUGGUAUCGGCGGAAAAUCUGCGGUCAACCAACAAUUAUAAGCUAUGAAUGCUGUCCUGGAUAUUCCAAGGUGCAGGGUGAGAGGGGCUGUCCAGUAGCGUUACCAGUUAACAAUAUUUACAAUACACUGGGAAAUGUUGGAUCGAGUGACACUCAACUGUACUCUGACCGUGCCGGCCUCAGACCAGAGAUCGAAGGACCUGGCUCCUUCACAAUGUUUGCUCCCAGUAAUGAAGCCUGGUCAGCUCUCUCUGCGGAAAUUAUUGAUGCUCUCGUAAGCAAUGUCAAUAUUGAAUUGCUCAAUGCCCUGCAUUACCAUAUGAUCAACAAGCGUAUUGUCACGGAUGAGCUAAAGCAUGGAGUGGCCUUGCCUUCAAUGUACCAGGAUUUAAAUAUAUAUGUACACCACUAUUCCAAUGGCAUCGUCACCGUCAACUGUGCACGACUAAUCAGGGCUGACCAGUUUGCGACCAAUGGAGUUGUGCAUGUUAUUGACAGAGUCCUCAUGGCUGUUACAAAUUCGAUUCAGGAUUUUCUUGAAAUUGAUGAUAACUUUCAGCAGCUUAGAGCUGCAAUAGCUGCCGCAGGUCUUGAGACUAUACUCAGCAGCAAAGGCGAGUAUACCCUCUUUGCUCCCACUGAUGAAGCGUUCAGGAAAGUACCGCCCGCUACUCUGAACCGGAUUUUAGGAGAUCCAGAGGCAUUGAAAUCUCUGCUAAAUUACCAUAUUUUGAGAAAAGUGCAAUGCGCAGAAGCCAUAAUCUCAGGCGCACCCAUGGAAACUUUAGAGGGCUCAUCACUGGAGGUGGGCUGCAGUGCUAAUAGUAUUACGCUCAAUGGCAAGGACGUCAUCACUGAAAAGGACAUGCUAGCAACAAAUGGGGUCAUUCAUAUGAUUGAUGAGCUUCUGAUUCCUGAUUCUGCAAAGACCAUCUUGGAAUUGACAGAAAAGCCUGGUGUCACCGAGAUAGGUGACCUCUUCAGACAAGCUGGAAUGAUCUCCUAUUUGGAAAGACAAGAACCUUUGACACUUCUUGCUCCUCUGGAUUCUGCAUUCAAGGAAAAAUCUCUGGUUAUUAAUGAAGAAACAAAGGAACUUCUGCUGGACCACAUUGUGAAAGAGCAGCUCUCUUCUAAAUAUCUAUACCAUGGGCAGAUACUUGAAACGUUGAGUGGCAAGAAACUCAGAGUCUUUGUUUAUCGUAAUGCAUUAUGUGUUGAAAAUAUAUGUAUUGCUGCACAUGACAAAAGAGGGAGGUAUGGCUCCAUGAUGGUAAUGGACAAAAUACUGACUCCUCCAGAAGGCACGGUCAUGGACAUUCUGAAAGCUGAUGAUCGCUUCAGCAUACUGGUGGGAGCCAUCCAGAGAGCAGGACUCACUGAAACUCUCAACAGGCCUGGCACAUUCACCGUCUUUGCCCCAACCAAUGAUGCUAUCCUGUCUCUAUCCAGCCAUGAACAGAAACGAAUGAUGGAUGAUCCCACUUUGUGGAAGUAUCAUAUUGGCGAACAAAUCCUGGUUAGUGGAGGUGUUGCCAGCAAGAUCGUGAUGUUGAAAUCCCUACAAGGUGCUAACUUGGAAAUAGGAGCAAAAAAUCUCAUCAUUAAUGUAAAUAAAGUUCCAGUUGAAGAAGCUGACAUAAUGGCAACCAAUGGUGUCAUCCAUGCUAUUGGCAGGGUCUUGCAACCUUCUGAUGCAAGACGAUCACUAGAAAAUCAAAAUGGCAUGGAGAUCAGCAGUGAAGAUAUCCUGCGAUUUGGAGUCCGGCCUGCCAGGGUUGCUAACCCAAGGAUUCAGAGAGUUUUAAGUGGUGCUCUUCUGAAGAAAGGCAAAUAAUACGAACUGAAAAGCAAACCAUAAGUCAUCCAAACUUCUUCCAGAAACAUUGAAUUCUGAGGCACAAUCUUUCUCAGUUGAAUGUCUAUAUGGCCAUAAUACUUCAUUGCCUCAUUAUGAUUACAUAUUGCUUGCUUGUUUGUACAUUUUUGUUGCAUUGUUACUUUUUUUACAUCACUUGUGAUUGCAUUAUGCUUUAUUAAUGGCAUGGAAUCUUAUUUGAAGCUACAGUCAAUUCAACAAAGAAUUCAGUUAAAUACCAAAAAGUGUGAUAUCUCCAUGCUCUUGUAAGUUUAUGCAUUAGUGCAUAUGUGUAUAGUUCCCUUGUAUAUGCAUGCACGUUGUUCAUAUCUGCAUUUUGAAUCAAAGUGCGUGCCUUUAUAUAUGUAUGUUCCAAUUUGUGUUUAAGUGUUAGCAAAUACCUUAAUUUCACUAGAUAGGUGCCAUUCAGCAGAGUGUUUCUGCAAAUGACUUAGUUUCAAAAAUAUUGUUUGAAAAUAAGCCAACAUUAAUCUGUCGAAAGAUUUUCUGCAGUAUAACAUUAUAUUGUUUCCUUUUAAUUUUUAUGUUUGUAUUUUCUCUGAUAUGUGUGCUGAUUGUGUUUGUCUCAUAUCAGUAUUAAGAUAUAUGCAUGUCACAAGCUACAGUUCAGUUUAAUGCUAUUUCACCAAUGCUUUGGUAAGGGUAACUAUAUAUAUUUCCAAAUAUGUUAGAAAACAUUUUUAAAUAUGUAUUUAUCUUUAAAAUUUAUUCUGUAAAAUGUUCUUAAAAUGCUUUUUCCUUGAGGCAAUUUGCAGCUAUCAUAAAAGCUAAUUUUUUUUU